AUGGCGCCAGCUGGGGGAGGAAACAUCAAGGUGGUGGUGAGAGUACGGCCGUUCAAUGGCAGAGAAAUCGACCGCGGAUCGAAGCGUAUCGUGGAUAUGCAAGGGAACCAAACCGUCAUCACGCCGCCCGAAGGACAUUUGGCCAAGGGGACUAAAGAUAGCGCCCCCAAGACCUUUGCGUUCGACAGAUCAUACUGGUCGUUCAACAAGGAGGAUUCCAACUAUGCUGGCCAGCAUAACUUGUUUGAAGAUCUGGGCGCACCGCUCCUAGACAACGCGUUUGAGGGUUACAACAACUGCAUUUUCGCCUAUGGCCAGACUGGUUCCGGAAAAUCGUACUCCAUGAUGGGAUACGGCAAGGAAAUCGGUAUUAUUCCUAUGAUUUGCCAGGAAAUGUUUCAGAGAAUAGGGAAGAUACAAGGAGAUUCGUCGAACAAGUGCACAGUCGAAGUAUCAUAUCUAGAAAUCUACAACGAACGAGUUCGCGAUUUACUUAAUCCUUCGACAAAGGGCAAUCUGAAAGUUCGAGAGCACCCGUCCACUGGUCCGUAUGUCGAAGAUCUCGCUAAGCUCGUUGUCACGAGUUUUGCGGAAAUCGAAAACCUUAUGGAUGAGGGAAACAAGGCCAGAACUGUUGCCGCCACCAACAUGAACGAAACCUCCAGUCGAAGUCAUGCUGUUUUCACGCUCAUGCUGACGCAGAAGAAAUUUGAUACUGAAACCAAGAUGGAGAUGGAAAAGGUUGCCAAGAUUAGUCUGGUCGAUUUGGCUGGUUCCGAAAGAGCCAACUCGACUGGUGCAACUGGAGCGCGAUUAAAGGAAGGUGCUGAAAUCAACAGAUCGCUUUCUACACUUGGUCGUGUCAUUGCCGCGCUGGCAGACUUGUCCACCGGCAAGAAAAAGAAGGGUGGCUCUCAGGUGCCGUAUCGUGACAGUGUGCUCACCUGGUUGCUGAAAGACUCUUUGGGUGGAAACAGUAUGACUGCUAUGAUUGCAGCCAUCAGUCCUGCCGAUAUCAAUUACGACGAGACAAUAAGUACGCUUCGAUAUGCUGAUUCUGCAAAGCGAAUCAAGAACCACGCCGUGGUCAACGAAGACGCAAAUGCUCGUAUGAUCAGGGAGCUAAAGGAGGAGCUGGCCGUCUUGAGAAGCAAGUUGGGCGGCGGAGGCAGCCUCGGCGCAACCGGAGGUGCGGGCGUUCCUCCGGACGAAGUUUACGACGAGGGUACUCCCCUGGAGAAGCAGAUAGUGAGCAUCACCGCAGCAGAUGGCACGGUCAAGAAAGUUUCCAAAGCGGAGAUUGCAGAACAGCUCAGCCAAAGCGAGAAGCUGCUUACAGACUUGAAUCAGACGUGGGAGGAGAAGUUAACUAAGACGGAGGAGAUUCAUAAAGAGCGUGAAGCAGCUUUGGAAGAACUCGGUAUCAGCAUCGAAAAAGGGUUCGUGGGCCUGCACACGCCAAAGAAAAUGCCCCAUCUUGUGAACUUAUCAGACGACCCUCUUCUAGCAGAGUGCCUGGUCUACAAUCUCAAACCUGGUACAACCACUGUAGGCAAUGUUGACACAAACGCAGAGAAUCAAGCCAACAUCCGCUUGAAUGGCACCAGGAUUCUGCAUGAUCACUGUACCUUUGAAAAUGCAGACGGGGUCGUUACUGUGAUACCAAGAGAAGGAGCAUCGGUCAUGGUCAACGGCAAGCGAAUCACAGAGCCGAAGCAGCUCCAUUCCGGAUUCCGUGUUAUCCUCGGAGACUUCCACAUCUUCCGGUUCAACCAUCCUAUGGAGGCCAGAGCCGAAAGAGCUGAAGAUAACGGCAACCGCCAAAGUUUGCUGCGGCAGUCUAUUACUGCUAGUCAGCUGCAAGCGCUGAGCCCGACCCCAUCAACCCCCCGAACGCCCGGACACGAAAGAUCUUUCAGCAAAGUUUCAGACAGUGGCGAGUCUCGGCCAGACUCACCCGCUUUCUUCCAGCGCAACGGCAAAGAUUCUGAUUGGUCUCUGGCGCGGAGAGAAGCUGCCGGUGCCAUUCUUGGGACUGACCAUAACUUUGCCAGUCUGACAGAUGAAGAGCUGAAUGCGUUAUUCGAAGAAGUCCAAAGGGCGAGGGCAGAGCGUGUAAUUACGCGUGAUGAUGGCGACGAUUCGGAAUCGGCUACAUCGUAUCCGAUUAGAGAAAAAUAUAUGUCGACGGGAACGAUUGACAACUUUUCUCUCGACACGGCCCUGACAAUGCCCUCAACGCCAAGACAAGGAGACCAAGACGACCAGUUUAGGGAGGUUAGAGAGGAACUCCAGUCUCAAUUCGAGAGACAAAAAGAAGAAUUCCGAGACCGACUCAGAGGUGCAGAUGUUUCUCAUAUGGAAGUUGAAGAGAUCAAGCAAGAAAAGGCUCGUAUGGAAGCGGCGCUUAUGGAACUCAAGGAGGAUAUGCAGAAGCAGCUCAGCCUACAGCGCAAACAGUUUGAAGAAAAAAUCGAAAAGAUGGAUCCUUUGAAACGCCCUAAAGCAAGCCCUAGACUAUCUGAUCACGAGAUGGACAUUGCAAGAAAGACAGUCAAGGCAUGGCGCAGCCGCCACUUCGUCAAAAUGGCCGAAACUGUGCUCCAGAAUGCAUCCAUCCUAAAAGAGGCCCAGAUUAUGAGCACCGAGCUUAACGAGAGCGUCGUCUUCCAGUUUACUACCGUGGACAUGGGACACGUCUUGUGCUCUUCCUACGACAUGGUUCUCAACGGCCUAACGAGCGAGGGAGACGACAUAGCACUGGAGGAGGCUUACAAGCCCUGCAUUGGCGUCCGCGUCAUCGACUACAAGAAUACCGUAGUUCGCCUGUGGAGUCUUGAGAAGCUGUAUGACCGGGUACGGAUAAUGCGACAGAUGCACCAAUAUCUCGACCAGCCAGAAUAUGCCCAGCAUCUGAGCCUAGAUAACCCAUUUGUGGAGACAAAUAUGCCCUCCUACACCCUUGUCGGCGAGGUAGAUAUUCCUCUCAGAGCUGUAUUUGAGAGCCGAGUUCAGGAUUUUGCGCUGGAUGUCCUUUCCCCUUACACUUCUCAUGAAGUUGGCAUGCUCAAACUAUCUAUCGAGCCUUCUCAUGCCCGGGCCCCUACCAACACGCUCAAGUUCAAUGUUGUUAUGCACGAAAUGGUAGGCUUUGCCGAGCGAGAAGGAACCGAUGUGCAUGCACAGCUGUUUAUUCCCGGCAUCUCGGAGGAGGACGGCAUCACGACAACGCAAAUGAUUCAAAAUUUUGACGAGGGGCCAAUACGCUUUGAGAGUGUUCAUAGCAUGAGCGUGCCAUUAUUUGCGACCCCAGAGGUUACACUGAGAGCCGCUAUCUUUGCUAAAGUCUCGACAAUGCAUCUCGAUAAGCUCCUUAGCUGGGACGACAUGAGAGAUGCAUGCCCCACUGCGGAUAAUGCAAAGGGACCUCGCAUUAAUGAGUCUCAAUUUUUUACGCAAGAAAAGCACGACCUACUCUCUCGAAUCCAAAUCAUGGAGCUUAACGAGCACGGAGAGUACGCUGCCGUCGAAGUCACCCAAUCCAGCGAGCUUGACAGUGGAACAUUUCAACUACAUCAGGGACUGCAGAGGCGUAUCUGCAUUGAAAUUUCACAUAGCUCGGGAGAUGUCUUGCCAUGGGGAGAUGUUACCUCUGUCCGCGUAGGCAAAAUUCGAACUGUUGACACUGCUGGCAAAUCCCCCGACAUGGUCACAGAUCGCGACAUCACUCUCAAGCUUGCGUCGAACCCUGUCUUCCGUGAGAAUCCCAACGGCACGCGCAAUAUCGUGGUACACGCCCAGUGGGACUCCAGUCAGCACAAUUCACUUCUCCUUGAUCGUGUAACACCUGAAAAAUUCCGUGUUCAGAUGACAAUCUCCUGGGAGAUUUCUUCAGAGAAGCUCGCAGAACCCAUGAGAUUUUCACAAAAAGUCAACUUGCAAAUGAUGUCGCGCACCUUUGUUCGGCAAACCUCUGUCUUUUCAUCGCUCUGGCAGAACAUGCGAUUCGUUCGCUCCUCGAGCGGCGUCUUUACCUUGACCAUGAAGCCUGCGCCGAUCAAGAGGGUGGGCGACCUAUGGAGGAUGAGCAGUCAGCAUGAUUACGUCAAGGGCGAGGAAAAUCUUCAUAGUUGGACCCCCCGAGGCGUGUCUCUGGUCAGCGACUUCCUUCACUCGAAGAAGAAGAGGCGCCGUAACGCUGAGCUUGGUGCCGUAGCUAGCGUCCUUGCGCAGUAUGGCAUUGAUCCUACACUUGGUGGAAAGGAACAGGAAGAUCCCGUGCCGGAGUCUGAAUCGUCUCCACUCAUGCAAGCGAUUAUCCCCAACGACGAUGAUUUGCUCAACGAUACACCUGUGACGUCUCAAGCUCCGUCAAUCAACGGAGAUGAGCUCAGCCCAGAAGAGGCUGGCAACGAAACUCAGAAAGACGACACUACCGACCAAGAGGCGCCAAAAGAAAUUGGUCUAGAACCUGCUGCUCCAAUUUCUGAAUACAAUACACGACAAACGGACUUGUUGGAGCUGUGUUUGAAGCUUUGGCAGAAAUAUCCGGAUCCGUUUGCAAAGCUUUUGAGCCCAGAGAAUACGAUGCCGCCUGAGAAUGGAGUUGCGACAGAGUCUGCGCCCCCUACUCUCAUCACCACCAUCACUCGCGUUCCCAAGAACCCAAAGGUACAAAAGGGCGGUUAUCUACUUGUGCCAAACAAUGAAUCUACACGAUGGGUAAAGAGAUUUGUGGAAUUGAGAAGACCAUAUCUCCACAUAUACUCUGCAACAGAUGGUGACGAAAUAGGCAUUGUAAGCCUGCGUAAUUCGCGUGUAGAUAGCCAGCCCGGCGUGCUUGGUCUUUUGCACGGUCCAGAUGAUUACGACAGGCCGUCACGAGGCUCUAGCAGUUCGCCAGAGUUUACGCCAGGUCACCGACGGACGGCUUCAGGACGAGUCAUUUCAACUGUUUGGACUGGGCCCAACGGUAGUGGAGGAGGAGGAUCGUCUGCAGGACAGGGAGUUCAGCGCCUGAGCGAGCGUAUGCAAGCAGCUGUGUUUGCGAUUUAUGGGACGGACAACACAUGGCUCUUUGCGGCUCGCAGCGAGCGUGACAAGACCGACUGGAUCUUUAGAAUUGACCAGUCGUUCCUCUCCAACGGCGAGGACACACCUGUCAGCGGAAUCAUGAGUCCUGGUCAAAGCAGCGACUAUUAA